UCUCUCGUGCUCAUAAUUCAUAUCCCUCGGCCCCAAGAAAACCCUAAAAACCCCUGGGCGAAGACUCUCCUCUCCCUCGAGAGUAACCCUAACCCUUGAAUCCUCGAUCAGAAUUGUGGCUUGUUGCAUUGAAGGAAAAUGGCAAAGAAGCUGAACCCGCUCGUGUUUCUCGACAUAUCAAUCGAUGGAGGCCGCGCCGAGAGAAUCACAUUUGAGCUUUUCUCAGAUAUUGUCCCAAAAACUGCAGAGAAUUUUCGAGCGCUUUGUACAGGAGAGAAAGGAAUUGGAGCAUCUACACAGAAACCACUACAUUUCAAGGGAUCAAAUUUUCAUCGCAUCAUACAAGGAUUUGUUGCCCAGGGUGGUGAUUUUUCAAAAGGAGAUGGAAGUGGUGGAGAGAGUAUAUAUGGUGGAAAAUUUCCAGAUGAGAACUUCAAGCUGAAACAUGAUGGACCCGGUGUUCUGUCCAUGGCAAAUUCUGGACCAAACACUAAUGGAUCGCAAUUCUUCAUCACCUUCAGGGGAACACCACAUCUUGAUGGUAAACAUGUUGUUUUUGGGAAGGUGGUGAGUGGAAUGGCCUUGCUAACGAAGCUAGAAGCCCAAGGUUCAGACACUGGGAAACCUCUUUGUCUUGUAAAGAUCGUAGAUUGUGGCGAAGUUUCUGGUAGUAAGACUCAAAUUUCACGUGGAACAGAGAAAGCAGAAAAGAAGCUAAAUAGAUCGAAGGGUAAUUCUGAUGAUGAUGAGAGAGUAAGAGGAAAAAGAGAUGUAACCGAUAAGAAGAAGAAAAAGAGAAGAUACAAAUCUUCUGAUUCACAUAGCUCUUAUAGUUCUGAUUCAGAGUCCUAUUCCUCUGAGAGUAAUUCGGAUUCAGACUCGGAUUCAGACUCAUCAUCAGAGACUAGCUCCUCCAGUGAUCGUAGACAUAAGAGGAGAAAGAAAACAUCCAAAAAGGACAAGAAAAGAAAAAGGGGCCGCCGAAGAGAUAAGAGACCGAGUAGACAUAAUAGAAGAUCAAAGAGGAAGUCAAAAUGGAGCUCGGAGAGUUCUAGUGAUUCUGAGAGCGGAAGUACCAGAAGCAGUAGCCCCGACAGUGGAGAAGCUGACCGUCCAACCAAAGGUCGAGAUAAAUCCACUUCACCGGUCUUGGAAAAAGUUGCAGCAAUGGAAGAGCCAAAGAAAGAUGAAAAAAGGACUACUGAGGCUACUGAAUUAAAUGAGGGAAAAUUCCUGCAAAAAGUUGGCCAUGCUCGAGAGAAUAAUAAUGGCUUGGAAGCGAGAUCUGACGAAGCUGCAAAUCAACGUUCUGAUUCUGAAGAUAAAUCGAGCAAAUUCAGGGAGGGCCCAAGUGGUAGUUCAAGGAGAAGCCCGGUUAGAGCUGCUGCAAAUGAAAACAAGAUCCGAAGAAUGGACGGCCAUUCAAGGAGUCCAUCUAGGAUUCCCUUGAAUAAGGCUUCUGAGCCUGCAUUAAAUCGUGAACGAGAUUUACGAAAAAGCCCUUCGCCCGAUGGUCAUCCAAAGAGAGUAAGAAAGGGACGUGGAUUCACGCAGCAGUACGCUUUUGUGCGUAAAUAUCGGACACCGUCGCCGGAACGCUUGCCCUUUCGCUCCCGUAAUUAUACAGGAAGAUAUGAAAGAGAAGGUUAUCGGAAUAGUUAUGGGAGGUAUCGAAAUUACUCUGAGCGGUCACCGGCAAGGAGAUAUUAUGGUGCUUCAAGGGUUAGCAGGGGUGGUAGUCCAACGAGAUACCGAAGGGGACGAAGCAGGAGCAUUUCAACCAGCCCCAUGGGCCGCCGCGGCCGAGGGAGGGACCGCAGCCCGAGCCCGAGACGUAGCCGAAGCCCGAGAGAUUAUCGUAGGCCCGCUAUUAGCGAAAGACUCCAAUCUCGUCUCGACACACAAGACAUCAAGCGCCCUUCAAAAGAAAGGUCGCGAUCUAGGUCAAAGAGUCGGGGUUCUUCAGCAUCCCGAUCUCCCAUUCGGGGUUCGGUCAAAAGGGAGAAUACGAGAAAUCGGAGAUCUCGGAGCAGUUCCAGGUCGAGUAGUCCUGCUGGAAACGCUGGUUUGGUUUCGUAUGGAGAUGGGAGCCCUAAUGGUUAGCUAUGUUUUGAGUUUGACUACCGCGAAGGUUUUGAUUAUCUCUCUCUAUAUAUUGUCUUGUACUUGUGUACUGACUCAGUAAGGUAAACCUAUUUUCGGUUCGGAAUUUUGCUUUGUUUUAUGUUUAUGUUUAAUGGGUUGUCCUUUUUCCCUUAGUAUUGUCUUGGAAUGAUGUUGAAGAAUGAAAAAUGACAUACACAAUGAUACAGCAGAUAUUGUUGUCAUGAAUUAUGCUCAUUUCUCAGUGGUAUCAAUUUGCUUGCAACAA